AUGGAAAGUUCCCCUCUUUCGGACGUUUGGAAGGUGGCACGGGAACGAUGGCUCGACGCAUAUCGUGCGUCGGUCAAGACUCUGCCACGGAGUUCGCCAACAUCUCCAGACGUUGCUCAUGUGCGCGAAUUGGUCGACGCAGAGUUGGAAGGAAUAGAAAGUCUCCGUGCUGCGAUGAGAGCAAAACGCAACGAGCUUGCUCCGCCUUCCGUACUUCCCCCGGAGGUUCUAGCGCUUAUCUUCUCGUUUCUCGCCGCCAUUGCUCCCAUAUCCCUGUAUACAAGCCUAAUCGGGUUUCCGCCGCGGGCCAAGACCAUAGGCUGGGUCUCUGUAUCCCAUGUCUGUCGGCGCUGGCGCGAUGUCUGCCUCAGUCAAUCGUCGCUAUGGACGCAUCUCGACCUUCACUCAUACUUUCCAUGGGAGACGUUCCUUGGGCGCGCAAAGGAAUCGCCCUUGGUAAUAUUUGGCCCUCUCAGGGAACCACAAGACGGCAUAUCACAUCUUCAUCUCAUAAUCGACCAUCGACACCACAUCCGAGAGCUCAAGCUCUAUGACAUCCCCUUAUCCCUGUUGUUGGACCUGUCCAUCGGAUUAUGCGGACCUAUGCCAGAGCUACAGAAGCUGUCUCUUAAUAUGACGACGCGCAAUGCUCAAGGGAAGCUCGGUUCUUUCCCUACCGACUUUUUCACCAAAUUUGCGCCAAAUCUGCAAGAAGUAUCGCUAUGCGGAUUCGAAUUUCCCUGGGGCCAGGGCGCUGCCAGGGUGAAGAGCUUCCACUAUCGUCCCUAUCGCGGAACGUCACACAAUACAUACAGCCUUCUCGAUGUGGCCCACACACUUCAACAGAUGCCAGCGCUGAAGAUGUUGCAACUGGAGGAACUUCCGCCCUCGUCACCGACACCUGACAAAGUAAUCAUCUCCCUGCCACGUCUCGAGUUUGUCCAGCUCAAAGGGGAUAACGACUGCUGCUGGCUACUCUGGUCUUGGCUUCAAAUGCCAUCCACCGCUUUUCUCUACAUUCGCGGUAUAGUGGGCGAUACUGCGUCGAGUUCGCUCAUUGCACGGACCUUGCAAGCCCACCUUCGCGUGUCCCCUUCGCCGCAUUACUCCUCUAUGUCUCUAUACGGCAACGAUGACAGUCCCGUAUCCGACGGCUUUCGAUUCUUACUUGCAUCACCGACCGUCUCUGACGAUAUGUGGCGCACGCCUGGGCGUUUUGCGCCGCCGACCAUCGAUUUGCACGCCCAGUAUUCUGGUGGCCCAUCGAUCGACAUGACCAGAAAAAUCAUAUCAGGAUGUCCACUUGAGAACAUCCGGACUUUAACAUGGAGUAGCAUUCGUCUCGAGGAAUGUCGGAUGUUUGGCGAGGCCCUCCGUCUUGCGCGCUCGGUGACAAACCUAACUUUAUCCGGUCGUGGGGCCGGCUACGUGCUGCAUGCCUUGAUAGCCAUCGAGGCAACUGGCGCCGCCGGAAACGAACCAGAGUUGAAAGACUCCUUACUGUUUCCAGCGUUGCGCGAACUCACAUGCAGCAAUGUCAACUUCCUCGAUCGAAUCGCGCAUGGAGAGGAGUAUAGCUUCACGUUCGACAUCUUCAAGCAGGUACUUCGCAGCCGAAGCCUUUUGGGGGCACCUGUCCAAUACCUCUACAUUGAGGGGUGCGACGUUCUUUCAGUCUGGAUUGAGGAAUGGGAGGGUUUGGUCGAGCGUCUUGAUUGGGAUAACGACAAGGGAGUUCUUGAGGAAGGGUCGGAUGAUGAUGAGGAAGACGAGGACGAGUGA